CCGAGUUCAAAGGACACCAGCACUGCCCUUGAGUCCUGCCAGCGAAUAGCCGAGCGGCGCUUCUUCUUCAGCCGGAGGUCCUGCUGGGAGUCCACCACUUUUUCUCUGCUAAGCUGACACAACAACCGGUACCAAGAUGCCCAAAAUGGUCAACGUUCGCAUCACCUCCAUGGACGCAGAACUGGAGUUUUCCUUCCACUCAAACACCACCGGGAGGCAGCUCUAUGACCAGGUUUCCAGAACCAUCGGUCUGAGGGAAAUGUGGUUCUUCGGGCUGCAGUUUAUCGACAACAGAGGAUUCACCACAUGGCUCAACGAUGAGAAGAGGGUGAUGGCUCAGAACAUGAAGAAGGAGCUUCCUCUGCAGUUCAAGCUCAGGGUGAUGUAUUACCCGGAGGACGUCACCGACGAGCUGAUCCAGGACAUCACCAGGAGGCUCGUCUUCCUGCAGGUGAAGGAUCACAUCCUGUCCGACCACAUCUACUGUCCCCCGGAGACGGCCGUCCUGCUGGCUUCGUACGCCGUCCAGGCCAAGUACGGAGACUACGACAGAGAGGUCCACCGUCAAGGUUAUCUGGCGACUGAGCGUCUGCUGCCCAAAAGAGUUCGGGACCAACACAAACUGACCCCAGACCAGUGGGAGGAAAGAAUCCAGGUCUGGCACGAGGAGCACCGAUCGAUGUUUAAGGAGGAGGCCAUGAUCGAGUACCUGAAGAUCGCUCAGGACCUGGAGAUGUAUGGCGUCACCUACUUUGAGAUCAAGAACAAGAAGGGAACCGACCUGUGGCUGGGAAUCGAUUCUCAGGGAGUCAACAUCUACGCGAAAGACAACAAGAUGUCUCCAAAGAUUGGAUUUCCCUGGAAUGAAAUCAGGAACAUUUCUUUCAAUAACAACAGAUUCGUCCUCAAGUCGCUGGACAAGAACGCUCCUAGUUUCGUAUUUUACUCCCCCGACCGAGUCAACAAGCAGAUAACGGUGCUGUGCAGGGGCAACAGCAGCAUGUACUACCGCCGCCGCAAGGCCGACACCAUCGAGGUCCAGCAGAUGAAGGCUCAGUCCGCACAGGAGAGGCUGCAGAAGAAGAUGGAGAGGGAUCAGCUAAUGAGCGAGAUGAGGAGGAGGGAGACCAUCCAGAGGGAGAAGGAUAUGAUGGAGAGAGAAAAGACGGAGCUGAUGGAGAAGCUCUACCAGUUCGAGGAGACGACCAAGAGAACAGAGAGAGAGCUCCAGGAGCAGCUGGACCGGGCCAUGAGGCUGGAGGAGGAGAGGAGGAGGGUGGAGCAGGAGGCGGCCCGGCUGGAGACUGAGAGGAUGGAGGCCAUUAUAGCCAAGGAGGAGCUGGCCAGGCAGGCUGAGGACCAGAUCAAGAGCCAGGAGCAGCUGGCUGCUGAGUUGGCCGAGUACAGCGCCAAGAUCGUCUUGUUGGAGGAGGCCAAGAGGCUGAAGGAGGAGGAGGCCGAGACGUGGCACAUCAAGGCUGUGGAGGUGGAGGAGAGUCUGGUGAAAACGAGGGAGGAGCUCCAGGUGGUGAUGACCUCCUCCACCAUCACCACCUCCACCACCGUCUCGGUUCCAGCUCCGGAACCCAGAACCGGUUCCCGCUCUGGUUCCCGUUCCCGUUCCCGUUCCCGCUCCGGUUCCCGUUCCCGUUCCCGCUCCGGUUCCCGCUCUCGUUCCCGCUCCAGUUCCUCCUCGUCCUCGGACGAGAGCAACCACGAGCACAGCGACCACAACAGCGUCCACAGCACCGAGCUGCAGUCCCAGUUCAUCAACGACCACCGUGAGGAGGAGGAGCGGCAGACCGAGGCCGAGAAGAACGAGCGCCUGAAGAGGCAGCUGAUGGCCCUGAGCUCAGACCUGGCAGUAUCCCGAGACUUCGAGAAGAAGACCACCUUAGAUGUCAUCCAUGCCGAGAACGUCCGAGCCGGUCGGGACAAGUACAAGACCCUCCGUCAGAUCCGCAUGGGCAACACCAAGCAGAGGAUCGACGAGUUCGAGGCCUUGUAGGUGACCUGAAGACCUGAAGAUACCUCACCAUGGCCCUGUCCAGCGUAUAAUCGAAGAGUGAUGUAAUUACUGUCGCAGGUGACGUUAAAGACCCAGAAAAGCUUGAGGCUGAUCUGUGUAAAAGCAUUAAGUUCUAUUUUACUGGCUGAAGUAUAUUAAAAGUGCCCAUUAAAGUGUGUUUAUCAGUCUGUAUGAACAAAGCUGGGAUUAAGUGCACUCCAGAAAUAUCUAUAUUGUUGCAAAUUGUACCAAAGUGAAGCGCUAAAACUUUAUUUAAUAAAUUCAAACAUCUCUUGGCGGUCUUCAUCCGUAUUCCUCUUCCCAAACUGUGUUCCUAGAAACAGAUUAUAGUCUUCAUACAUACUGAAUGUGUCUCGACGAUUGACUUAAAAUGAUUAAUUGAUCAUAAGAUUGAUUUUCUGUUGAUUGUCUAUUAGUUCUUUUAUCUUUUGCAGACUCAUACACGUGUUUUCAAUAUGUCUAAAUAAGAAUACAGCUUAUUUCGCGAGCUUUAAUGUGCUUAGAAUCGUACAUAAUGUUCCAAAUCAACUUGUUUUGGGAUUUUAUUGUGUGAAUGCAGGCAGGUUUAAGACUGUCAAAUGAGUCAGAUCCAGACAAUGUUAGACAAAUCACAUAAAAAUGUUAUUAUGUAACUGAAGGUUUCUGUUCUGAGUUGUCUCGUUGUUAAAUGUCCUCCGGAAAUACAUAAAUGCUCGGUCGUAAAAUGAAUUGUGUUCAUAAAAAUCUGUGGAUUGUCACUUUAAGUUAAACAUUAGUGACCUUCACCUGGUGCAGCUUCAUGUUCAGACAAAAGAACAAUUAAAGCCACUCUUUGAGUACAA